CUCGGAUCCAUCGCGAAAUCCCUAACGAUCCAAAAGGAUCCGCGCCAUGCGUCACGUCUGCCCGGGCCGAGUGGGCCAGCAACUCUUCUAGAAAGAAGAGGAGCACAGCACACCCGAGAAGAGAAACCUCUAAGUGUCUCUUUUUCCUGUGGCCAAACCGGGGCCAGACCCUAGCAGUCCUGUGCGCAGGGCUCCUCGAAUCCCCCUCGAAUUCGGUUCCCAACCGAGCAGGGGCUUCACUUCGUGAUGCUGGCACUCCUCGAUGGUCUUGGGAUUUCAUUCUGGGGAUGAAGAAGACAUUUAAAGUUCUACAAUGAACCCAUCGGAGAUGCAAAGAGAAUCGCCUCUGCAGAGACAGAAAACCCGCAAUCGAGCAUCAUCAACUUGCCAGAUAAACAAAAUGGUGAUAUCAGAAGAACAGAUAAAGUUGCCAUCCACCAAGAAAGCAGAGCCGCCGACCUGGGCCCGAUUAAAGAAGCUGACACAGUUAGCUGAGAAAAACCCAAAGAACACAAGGGGAAAAUGAACUCCAGAGAAUAUGCUGUCUGCAGCUUUGAUGAUUGUAUCAAUGGUGGUAAGUCUCCCUGUGACUGCAGGAGCAGAUGCAGCUAAUUAUACUUACUGGGCCUAUGUGCCUUUCCCGCCCUUAAUUCAGGCAGUCACUUGGAUGGAUAAUCCUAUUGAAGUAUAUGUUAAUAAUAGCGCAUGGGUACCAGGCCUCACAGAUGAUAGUUGCCCUGCCCAACCUGAAGAAGGAAUGAUGACAAAUAUUUCCAUUGGGUAUCAUUAUCCUAUUUGCCUAGGGAAGGCACCAGGAUGUUUAAUGUCUACAACCCAAAAUUGGUUAGUAGAAGUACCUACUGUCAGUGCCACCAGUAGAUUUACUUAUCACAUGGUAAGCGGAAUGUCAGUCAGGCCACAGAUGAAUAACUUACAGGACUCUUCUUAUCAAAGAUCAUUAAAAUUUAGGCCUAAGGGGAAGCCUUGCCCCAAGAAAAUUCCCAAAGAAUCAAAAAGCCCAGAAGUUUUAGUUUGGGAAGAAUGUGUGGCUGACACUGAAGUGGUAUUACAAAACAAUGAAUUUGGAACUAUUAUAGACUGGGCCCCUCGAGGCCAAUUUUAUUAUAAUUGUAUGGGACAGACUCACUCAUGUUCACAGGCCCUAGCCAUCUGGCCCACUAAUCCAGCCUAUGAUCAUGAUUUAACUAAAAGACUGGAUCAGGUUUACAGAAACUUAAAAUCACCCUAUCCAUGGAAAUGGGGUGAAAAGGGAGCUUCAUCACCUCGACCAAAGUUAGUUAGUCCUGCUACUGGUCCUGAACAUCCGGAAUUAUGGAAGCUUACUGUGGCCUCGCACCACAUUAGAAUUUUGUCUGGAAAUCAAGCUAUAGGAACAAGAGAUCAUAAGCCAUAUUAUAUUACUAACCUAAAUUCCAAUCUGACAAUUCCUUUGCAAAGUUGUGUAAAACCUCCUUAUAUGCUAGUUGUAAGAAACAUAGUUAUUAAAUGAGAUUCCCAAACUAUAGCCUGUGAAAAUUGUAGAUUGCUUACUUGCAUUGAUUCGACUUUUGAUUGGCAGCACCAUAUUCUGCUGGUGAGGGCAAGAGAGGGUAUGUGGAUCCGUGUGUCCAUGGACCAACCGUGGGAGGCUUCCUUGUCUGUCCAUAUUUUAACGGAAGUAUUAAAAAGAGUUCUAACUAGAUCGAAAAGAUUCAUUUUUACUUUAACUGCAGUGAUUGUGGGUCUUAUUGCAGUCACAGCUACUGCUGCGGCUGCUGGAAUUGCUUUAUACUCCUCUGUUCAAACUGCAGAAUAUGUAAAUAAUUGGCAAAAGAAUUCCUCAAAAUUGUGGAAUUCUCAGACCCAAAUAGAUCAAAAAUUGGCAAACCAAAUUAAUGAUCUUAGACAAACUGUCAUUUGGAUGGGAGAUAGGCUCAUGAGCUUGGAAUAUCUUUUUUAGUUACAGUGUGACUGGAAUAAAUCAGAUUUUUGUACUACACCCCGAGCCUAUAAUGAGUCUGAGCAUCACUGGGACAUGGUUAGACGCCAUCUACAAGGAAGAAAACAUAAUCUUACUUUAGAUAUUUCAAAAUUAAAAUGACAAAUUUUUGAGGCAUCAAAAGUCCAUUUAAAUCUGAUGCCAGAAACUGAGGCAAUCAUCAAAGCUGCUGAUGGCCUCACAAAUCUUAACCCUGUCACUUGGGUUAAAACCAUCAGGCGUUCCACUAUUGUAAGUUUCAUAUUAAUCCUUGUAUGUCUGUUCUGUCUGUUGUUAGUCUACAGGUGUAUCCAGCAGCUCCGAAGAGACAGUGACCAGCGAGAACGGGCCAUGAUGACGAUGGUGGUUUUGUCAAAAAGAAAAGGGGGAUAUGUAGGGAAAAGAAAGAGAGAUCAGACUGCUACUGUGUCUAUGUAGAAAAGGAAGACAUAAGAAACUUCAUUUUGACCUGUACCUUGAACAAUUGCUUUGCCCUGAGAUGCUGUUAAUCUGUACCUUUAGCCCCAACUUUGAACUCACAGAAACAUGUAUUGUGUGGAAUCAAGGUUUAAGGGAUCUGAGGCUAUGCAAGAUGUGCUUUGUUAACAAAAUGUCUACAGGCAGUAUGCUUGGUAAAAGUCAUCUCCAUUCUCCAUUCUCAAUAAACCAGGGGCACAAUGCACUGUGGAAAACCACAGGGACCUCUGCCCUGGAAAGCCAGGUAUUGUUCAAGGUUUCUCCCCAUGUGAUAGCCUGCGAUAAGGCCUUGUGGGAUGGGAAAGACCUGACCGGCCCCCAGUCUGACAUCCGUGAAGGAUCUGUGCUGAGGAGGAUUAGUAAAAGAGGAAGGCCUCUUGCAGUUAAGAGUAAGGCCUCUGUCUUCUGCCUGCUCCUGGGAAUGGAAUGUCUUGGUAUAAAACCCGAUUGUACAUUUGUUCAGUUCUGAGAUAGGAGAAAAACUGCCUUGUGGUGGGAAGCGAGACAUGUUGGCAGCAAUGCUGCUUUGUUACUCUUUACUCCACUGAGAUGUUUGGGUGGAGAAAAGCACAAAUCUGGCCUACGGGCACAUCUAGGCAUAGUUCCUUCCCUUGAACUUAUUUGUGACACAGAUUCCUUUGCUCACAUGUUUUCUUGCUGACCUUCUCCCCACUAUCACCCUGCUCUCCUGCUGCAUUUCCCUUGCUGAGAUAGUGGAAAUAAUAAUAAAUA